CCGGAGACCACAGGCGCCAUCUUCAGUCUACCUUAAGCGCACAAUGUGGCCAACGAACGCGAGCGUACCAGCCGGGCUUCCGUCCUCGUUCCCUCCUGCCGGGGGAUCGCGCUCUGGCUCUCCCAGCUGUGGUACAGCGUCACUCGUGAGACAACGGAGGCGAGAGGACGCACUCGGGCCAAGCCGCAUCCGCACCCGCACGACAACAUGUCCGAGCCCAAUAAGUACCGAGAGUGGAUCCUGGAAACGAUCGACUCCCUCCGCUCGAGGAAAGCCCGUCCGGACCUGGACCGGAUCUGUCGAAUGGUCCGGAGGCGACACGGGUCCGAUCCGGACCGAACCAGGACAGAACUGGAAAAACUGAUUCAAGAGCAGACGGUGCUCAAAGUUAGCUACAAGGGCUCCAUAUCGUACCGAAACGCGGCGAAGGUGCAGAGGAAGAGCAGAAAGAAGAGUGAGUUCACGGCGGCUGGCGGCGCGGAGACGGCGAGGGAGCGGACCAAACACAACCCUCUGAACAACAACGGCGACAGUGCGCACAGCUUCACCGACCAGGAGGAGGGAGAGGACUCGGAGCCCAGCCCAGAUCCCCACACCCAAACAUCAGCCAGCACCGCUGGCAAGAAGCUCAAGCCUGCCUCCAGCCGGAGUAGCGGAAACGGGUGCCUCAGCUGUGGCGCAACAACGGGCUGCGCCGUCGGGAGCGGCUGCGAAGAGGAGAAAGCAAGUGCGCCGACAGACAAGGGAUUAGGACAGCAGGGAGCCGGGGGCUGCCCGUCGCCCGGUCUCGGCCACAGGACAAGCGCACACGACGCCGGCGAAGGCAGCGGGACGACGCCGAGCAAAACCGAUGCAGUCCGCGGGGGGAAGGAGCCCGCUCCGUCCGGAGCUGACAGCCACAACAAAACUUGCUCCGGGAGCGUCAGCAGCCUGCCCCAGCAGCAGCAGCAGAAGCAGGCGGCGCCCCUCAAGCCCAAACUUCGGGUCGGAGGAGGGUGCACGAAAGCAGCUGGGAACCACGCCAAGUCCAACCUGGGCGACCGACUGGUGGCUUCCGUGCGCAGCCUGUCCGAGAGGAGCCUCCGGGGGAGCUCUUCCUCCGCCGCCGCCGCCGCCGCCGCCGCCCCGACCAGAGGCCACAUGAAGCCGCUCGGGCUCAAGGAGAUCCUGGGCUACCUGAGCAGCCAGGAGCAGCUGUCGGAGGAGAAGCUGACCCGGGGCAAAGUCAAAGUGGUCAUGGAGAGGGAGGUGGCGAGGGGCAGGCUGCGCAGGACCCGCUGCGGGAACAUCACUCUCCCCCUGAGGGGGGCGGCGGCGGCGGCGGAGGGGCCGAUGCCGAAGAAUGCGUCCGCUGGCAGACUUGUGAAGAGCGCACUGCAGGACAGGCACACGGAGGAGAAGCCGCCGCCCUCCUCCCCUGUCCAGGAGAACGAGCCAAUGGAAACAGUCAGCGGAGAAGAGGAACGGGGGGAGAAGGAGGAAGAGGAAGAGGAGGGUGAUCCCCGGAGUUCUGAUGAGGAGGGAGGACCAUCGCCGGUAGCCAUGACAACCGAACCAGGGCUCACUGAGAAACCCGCAGAAGAUACUGAGAUCCAGGCAGCAUCCGAGCAGGAGAGCCCCCAUCGGCAGCAGCAGCACGGUGGCGAAGCUCUCUCAGGGAUGGAUCCCAUCCCCAGGACACCGUCUCCACCUGUUCAGGGACCUUCACUGUCACAGUGUGACAGUGCCCUCGUGGAGGAGAGAGAUGACCUCCCAGAUCAGCUCCAUAUGGCGGCACAAACGCAGAUUCAGCUGCAGUAUGACAGAAUCAACCACACCUCCUCGGGCCUCAGCAACUCCGAGUGUAAGACAGAGGUCGGUGAGUCGUCCUGCCUGCUCACACCCACUGCCUCCCCAAGAGACUCGGGCCUGUCUGAAGAGCAGGGGAUAAAUGGAGGAGUUGGUAGUGGAGGGUGUAUGAAGUCUGAGGGCGGCAGUGGAAGCCCGGUGGACUGGACAGUGUCGGACGUGGUCAGUUAUUUCACAGCAGCAGGUUUCCCCGAGCAGGCUGCUGCCUUCAGUACCCAGGAAAUCGACGGCAAGUCUCUUCUCCUCAUGCAGCGCAACGACGUAUUGACUGGCCUUUCAAUCAGGCUCGGCCCCGCCCUCAAGAUCUAUGAGCGUCAUGUAAAGGUUCUGCAGAGAACACACUUUGAGGAGGACGGCUGCUAACAACGCACACACGACAACCACACAGUUAUCUUUGUAUCUGCGUAUAGCUCAAGUUGUCAUGUCAAAAUACAUGCAUGGUAUACAGUACGCUUUUCCUUUCAUCUCAUGACUAAAACACACACACACACACACACACACACCUGUUUCUCUUCCUCCCGCUCCUCUACGACUGCUCUAGUCCAUAAAUGACACAGAGAACAAAAUUCUACAUGUUGGAGGGAGAUAGUAGAUUCAUAUUUUAAGAUUCAAACGUUCAAGACAGUCAUGCAAUUAAUUUUUUUCUUUAUUUACAACAAUCAAGCACUUUUCGUUUUCCUGAUAGAACUGUGCAAGAUGGGUUUUCCAUACACUUUUAUUUCCUUCUGACUUUUAGGCACAUGGUGUUUUGUUUUGUUUUGUGUUUUUUUUUUUGGGGGGGGGCAGGGGCAGGGGCUGGCAUGUAAGGGUUUACACACAGACAAUGGAUUGAAUGCCAACACUUUAGAAGUCGACCAGAUGCAAUACAUUCUCAGAGACCGGACUGGAUGGUUGAGAUUCUGUUGAACUGCUACUGACCCAUAGAAGACCUCAAUGUCAAGUUAACAUCUGGUGCAAUAUGCUGAUUAACCCCCCCCCCCAGAUGUUAACGAGGUCGUAGGACAUAGUCAGCUCAUUGAUCACCAGAUUUUGCAUAUCUUGGAUGUCUUAAAAUAAUAAGGCUUAAAUAUGCUCAUGAUGUUUUCAAUCAGCGCUGGCGAGACGAGACUUUGACUGGGGCUUAGAUAUCAAAUAUCCCGAUAUACAGAUAUUAGAUAUCCCGCAUAAAGCUGUCUAGCUCUUGACUAGUUUAAGUGGAGCUAAUUUGCUAUGAAUUGUGGGUUAAUUACAACUUCUCUUUCUCUCUCUCUCUCUCUCUCUCACUCUCUUUUUUUUUAAACCAAAACAUGGCUGACCGAGCCACGCCAUCAAGUCACUCAGCUCAACUUUGCCUUAUGGAAGAAUUCAGUUUUAACUGGGGGGAAAUUCAGCAAAGCAGAGUCUCCAUUAGAACAAAAUGUCAGGGCACUCAGACCUGCAGCAGAGCCGAGUUGCCGUGUCGUUAGGACUCUCUACCUCUGCUAAGUCAUCGGUCAGGAUCAGGAUCAGGCUGCACCCAGCCCUCCAUAAAUCCAUCACUAAGUUUGAACUUACAAUUCUUCCUCAAUUCUUACUGACUACUUAGCGAUUGGGUUGCACCAUUAAAAGUUAGGAAACGUUUAGUUGAGUGCUUACUAAUGCAUUAAUAGGUUGCUAGGAUUGUCCAAAAUAACGAACAAUGAACUAUGUAAAUAGGAAUUCACCCGGAGGAUUAUAAAUCAUCCCCAUAAUUUGCAAAAAUGACUGUUUUGAGGCACAAAAGACAAAAGACAUAUAUCUGCAUACAUAGAGAAAUGUGUAUUUCAAAGGAAGGAGCAUUCAUACAGUUUAGAAUGAGGAGGAAAUAAUAGAAACAAUUAGUUUGACUAAUCUAAGAGCAGAACAACGACUGAUCUAACACCAGUCGCCAUGUAUCUUUGUGAAACUGCAGAAAUGUCACUCAAACGCACCAGCUAAAUCAGCAGAACGAUCAACUCUCAACCUUGUCUGGUGGGGUGAAUAUGUAAAUAUAUGGAAGCACACUCCAUCUAGUGCAUUAGACAUUUGUAAAUUAUUGAACAACUUGAAGGGAAAGAUGUAAAAGCCGAGUCAAUCAAUCCACUAAUCUCAUACCACCAGCAUUUUGUAACAGUUUGUAACUGGUCAACAUUAGAAACCAAAUGUUGUCAUAUUGUCAAAAACUUCUUCCCUCCUGCACUGUAACAACAUACAUUCCAGUUUUUGGUUUGUGUUUACAUUUCUGAUUUUCGCACUGUGAUUUCCUUUUUGUGAAUGUUUUCAGUCCCCCCUCCACACUCUGACGAUAAAAUCAACAUGUCUGUCAAACCGCCUCUACCUCGCUCCCCUCAUUUCUUCCUUUCCUUCCACUCCUCUUUCAAAAGAACACACUUCCAGGUUAUACCUCUCGGCGGAAGGUGUGUGUCACAGUGGCCGUUGCCACUGCAAAUAUCGUUUCAUUCUUUUCUGUUAAAAUGUGCAGGAGUUGUGUUUGAGUCUCAAGAUGGGGAUGUACAGUGUGCUGUUGUUGCUUGUCUCCUGUCCUUCGUUAAAGGGCGGUUUUAGUAAUAAAAGUUUAAAUUAA